ACUCGUGAGUAUUCGAGGGACAGAUCAGCUUCUCUACUUAAGUCGUCGUCGAGUACUGGAUCAACUCAUUUACAGCUAUUACAGAUCACUGCAGCGAUCGCCAAUAUGUUAAAACUACUCGUCAUAAUCAGUAGUUUGAUGGUGUGUGUUAGAUCCGAGUUUUCCAUCGAUUGGAUCUGUGAAGAGACCAAUGCAAUUGGCAACUGCAGUACCAUACCAAAGAUCACAGACUGGCUCCAAUUUCUCGCCGAUAACAUUGAUAGUGACGAAUACACGGACUUACACUAUUGCCCAUUCGAAAUCGUGGAACGCCACGCCAAGUGUAUGGUGUUGUUCUUGAGAAGUUGUCAGCAGCAUAUGUCCGACGCGAAACGACAUUUCGUCUACUCGUAUGUGCCGCGAACCGAGAGAGCAGCGACUCACUGCGUCAAAGGCCGGCCUUACAAGAAGGAAUUUAGAGAAUACACGAAUUGCACGAGAGUGAUGUACAACAACGAACCCAACGAAUGGGAUGUUCAUGCGAUAAAUCAAGAUAUAGAGUUCGGACUGAUAUCAAAGAAAAUGGAGUUCCGCAAGAAAUGCGACAUUUAUCACAAAUAUUGGGAAAUGCAGAGCUCGUGGAUUCUUCAGAAAUGCGGAGCGAAGGCAGAAAAGUUUUCCCGUCAAGUGCUCAGCAAUAUGUGGCCAAUAAUGGGAUUGUUGAACAUAUGCGGCGACCGGCUAACACCUUAUGGAUAUUUUGAAACAUGAACGACGGCUUCAAAUUCCAAAUUUUCAAAUUCAUAGAAUAGUAUAUCAAUAGCAUUAUCGCUUUAUAAUUUACUUUUAAAGAUUAUUAAUUCAAAUUUAAUUGAAAUUUUGUUUUUCCAUUUUAUAAAAACAAUAUAAUUCGUUUGAAAAUAUACUGACUCAUAUAUAUUAUUAUUAUUUUGUUAGUUGU